UUACACAAUUUUCUCGCCAGCCUUUGAAUUAGGGGCCCUUUAAAAGGUGGAUAAGACACGCCCACGUCCUCCGGGAAGUCACUUCACAAAUCCUAGGCGGGGGUCAGGGAAGGAGCCAAUCGGUCUCCGUCUUAGUACGAGGUGAUUGAAGCCGCUGCAGAGAGAGAGAGAAAGAUGGAGGCUUUUUCGGAGGGCGCGGCGCCGGUGGAGGGCGAUCGGGUGCCUCUCGCUGCCGGCCUCUCCGCCCUGGUUCCCGACAGGCUGCAUCAGCGAGAAGCGGAACGGCGAGAGGAGGCGGAGAAGAGGCGGCGAGAACGGGAGGCGCAGUCGGUGUUGGAAGAGCAGAGCGAUUUUUUCACCGCCUCCUUUGCCCGCGAGCGGGAGACCAUCGAAGCGCUGCUGCGGUCGGAGCCGGCUCAGGAUGCCGAAGCGGAUGCCGAAGCCGUGUCCGAGGCGGCUCGGCGGUUGCAGGAUCUGCAGCGGCUGCUGACGGAUUCGGUGCGUUUCUUGGCUCCGUAUGAGGUGCGGCAGGCCCAGGCGGCGCUGAGCAAGCUGCAGGGCGAGCUGUCGGAGAGGCGCCUCCAGCUGAAGCCGAAGAAGCGGUUCGCCUUUACCAAAGCCCUCAAAAAGGACCCGGCCUCGGCUCCGUCCAAGCCUCCCGCUCAGCAUCCUCCCUCGGAAAGCUCCGCCAAAGACCAGAAGGAAGCGGCAACCUCCGCGCCGCUGAACCCAAGUUGCGGCUUCAGCCGGGCCGAGGGACGAACCCUCGAGCUCGGCCCGAGCGACCUGCUGCAGCAGGACGUGGUGCUGUCCCAGCUCAGGCGCUGCCGGGUGCUGUUACGCGGCAACCCCAACACGCUGCUGAUGCUCGACUGUCACGACUGCACGGUCCUCUGCGGACCCGUCUCGACCUCGGCGCGGGUGGAUGGGUGUAGCGGUUGCCUCGUGGCCCUCGCCUGCCAGCAGCUCCGGACCCACCGCGUUACGGAGAUGACCUUCUACGUGCAAGUGACUAGCCGAGCGAUGCUGGAGGACUGCAGCGCCGUCCGCUUCGCCCCCUACUCGUGGGAUUACCCGGGCAUGGAGGCCGAUUUCAAGACCGCUGGGCUUGACAGAAGCAAGAACAACUGGGAUCUGGUGGACGACUUUAAUUGGCUGGCCAAGGAUCAGGCCUCCCCGAAUUGGUGCGUGAUCCCGGAAAAGGAGCGGAUCACGGAUUGGAAUUAACAGCCUUGCGUUUGUAGAGGACUUUCAAAACAGCCCUCUUGAAAAAGAGGGAUGACUUUUGGAAAGGCAGAAUUAAAGCUGCACUAAAUAGUCCUGAAUGACGUUUGGAAUCUCUUUAAGGAGUAUGACUGGGUUGCCAAAAUACUUGUCCUGAUAGCCUUCACUGUUUACCUGCUAUCUGAUUAUGUGUCCUGGUACUACUAAGGUUUAGUGUUGUGUGUGCUGGGGUUCUUUCUACAGAUCUGCAAUUGUAUCUGUAAAAUUAUGUUUUUGUCCUCUUAGGAAGAAAACUGCUGGGGCUGAAGAUUUUAACUUCUUCUAAAAUGUUACCCAGUUAGUAACUUGCUCACUUAAAUGCUGAAUAAAAUUACUAUUAAUUUAGACAUUGGCUAUUUUUAUCUCUGAGAUGUGUUUGUGAUAUAUGUGGAUUAAAAAGAUUGUUUUCCUGAAGAGUGAUAGGAGGUAUUUAAAUUUAGGAAUGGUAAAGGUACUGCAUAUUUUUUUGACAGCUAUAUAAGAAAUAAUUUAGAGAAGCAUGGUUUCAGAACCACUAUUAGCAUUUUCAUUUGUUAAAAUAGUUUAAAUUAUGCUUUGUAUUGGAAGCAAAAUUCUUUCUAGGAUGCAUCUUCAGUACCAAGUACUGAGUAGUACCAAGUACUACUAGUACUAGUACUGGUACUACUUGGUACCAGUACUACUAGUACCAAGCCAGAGAAUUCUACAAAAUUUACAAAGCAUUUUGAAGGUUAUUCAGAAACUAUGUCAGUUAGCAUUAGUUCACUUUUACAAAACAUCACGCAGAUUGUUGAGUUUCCAAAAAUGCUUAAUUUUGGAUUCCAAAGGGCAUGUGCACUUUUGUGUGCCUGUAAAAAUUCUAAAGAUAACAUAUCUAAAAGGACACACCCAAAAAAUAUACAGGCCCUGGGAAUUAUCUUACCAUAGAUAAGCACUUUAAGUGGAAGGACACUUGCUUAAGUGUCCUUCUGAAAUUAAUAAACUACAAUAUUUAUUUUCACAAUAAUAUGAUGUAACAUUUAAUAUAACUUUAUGUACAUUUCAGAAAUAUUUCACAAUCUGAACUUUUUUAAGAUUUUUGUUUUAUUUCCACUUUAUUUUUACAAUACCUUGAUUGAAAAUUUCUCAGUUAUUUUGACUGUUGUUUAUCAACAAUUUUGUUACUGCAUCCAUUAUUUUUUCUUAAUAUUAUACUAAAGUAAAUCAAAAUAUAUAGAACCUGCAAAGUAUUCUAAAGAUAGAACUGUUCAAAGCUUCUGCAAGAAGUGCUGAACAUUGCACAAGAGUUCAUAUAAAACCUUCGCCUUUGAAAUACCAAAGCAAUUGUAUUGUUGGCAAGCUUUGUAGGGCUGCUUCAGAUAUUGUUUUUAUCUGUCUCAGUACUCAUGAAAAUAGCCACAAGAGUCUUAACAGUUUGACCAUUUGGAAAGAAGUGUUGAAUAUGUUCCUCGAUAGAUUAAAAUUCAGUUGCCGUA